AUAUCACAAAAGGGCAAGUCAUUCACUACAACGUUUGAUGGUACUCGAUCAAUCAAGAUGGAGCAUGGUGAACAUAUUAUUAUACGCAAGUCAUUCUAUCCAUUGUUGACCAUUAACAGACAUAAUGAGACAACGGAUUGGGUACAUGGCAAUGGCAAACUGAUAGAGAUGAGUGGAAACUACACAUUCUGGAACCAAUCCACGCAUUCAACAUCGGCCAACUGA